AUGGGAAAAGGCAAGAAUGCUUCCACGCAAAAAACUCGUACGAAGGGUAAUGUGAAACCUUCCAACAGUGACCGGUCGUCGGAUUUUCUACAGCGGAAUGUUUUUCCUGAUGGAAAUUUGUCUGGUAUCAAUCUCAUCUUGGGUGACGUGACUACUCAAUGUCCUACGGAACCAAACUCCCCUAAUGUGGGCCUCUCCAGUCUUCUUCCCCACGACCAAGAUCCUAUUGCUGCCACGUUAGAUUCGGACUUCCUUUCUUCAUUACGCCGCCUAGAAAAACGGAACUGUGCCACAAAGCAGAAGGCUCUCGACAAUUUGAUUUUUCUCCUACGCCAAAAAAAUGGUGAUGGUGAAUACUUCAAAUCGGUGGACGUUAUUACUGCGUCUGUUUUGCCUUAUUGGCCACGACUUUACAACACGCUUUCUUAUGAUGAUGAUAGACGUGUGCGCGAGCUCACUCAGAUCGUGAUGCAUGCUCUAGCAAAGAGAAUUGGCCGCAAAUUGGGAUCCUGCUUGAAAGAAGUUGUGGUACCUUGGACCUAUGCCACCGUUGACGCCCAUGAAAAUAUUGCCAAAGCUGCGAAGAUUGGGCUUGACGACACAUUUCCUGGUUUCAGGCGGGGUGAGCUUUAUCGGUCCUAUUCCAAGCACUUGCUUGAUGAAUGCGAACGUAGAAUAGCCUACUUGUCUACAGAAUUACCUUCCAAAUUAAACUCCAAGAAGGCUGGCCAUGGAAAUGAUGUUUUACCGCCUGAAGCACUUCGCCACCUUAACAACGCGACCCAAUUCAUCGCCUGGAUUACAUCUCUCCUUCCUGAACUGUGUCAAUUGCCUACAGAAAGCUCACAAAUGGCCCGCUUCCGUGACGUUUUGAAACGAAUAUGGCCGGCUGUUGUGCCGAUUGUUGAAACAGCAAAGUACCCUCCCUUGAGCGCCGCAUACUCUCGCCUUUUGUCAGUCUUGUGCACGACUAUGAGAGAGUGGCUAGCCAGCGAAGAAGAAUUACUUCGGUUUACCAUCUCUACUUGUGUAAAUGAGAUUGAUACCUUUCCAGAAAGACUUGCCUCUGCCAACACUUGUCUAGUUGUGUUCGGCGAGAAAGUCUGGCAGAUAUUAAAUUGGAGGGAAGUUGUUGAGACGAAGUUGGUUCCCAUGAUUAGACAAAUUCAUACAAAAAGCCAGCGUCAGGCCUUGUAUUCAAACCUUCUUCCUCUUGUGAGUCAUUUGCCGCUCGAUUUGACAGACACCUCUGCGGUUGAUUUAAUGAUCAGACUGGUUGACACAUCUCGCCAGGAUCUUCUUUGCUCUCUUAAUCUCCCAUGUGACACAAACCUUAGAAAAACCGAUGUGUUUCCUGUUCUUUCGGACCAGGGUUCCUCUGUCGACUGUUUAGCAGGCUUGUUGGAACUCUCCCGCUACCUUUUAGAUCUUGCCGCUCAGUGUUCUAAUAAGACGUUGCUUGAUUUUUUGUUGGAAAGAAUUUUCUUUGACUUGAUGACCUUCGCGUUCUCCUACGCAGAUAACAUCUCCGAUACCACCGCAAGGCGAUGGAUGUACCGGGAGCAAUUUUUCACGUGCCUUUUUGGUCAGGUUUGCACAACCCUUGCACAUUUGGCGCGCGAAUCGCUUUCUAACCUCAGAACUGUCUUUUUUCAACUAAAAAGUGGAAUAACUGACCUCAUCAAAUCCAAUUCUCAGGAUCUCUCUUUUCAAAUAGACCCAGUUCUGAACUUUCUGGAUCAACUUUUUGCAUCGGGCACAGAUAGCAGUGGGCACCUUGAAGCCUGGUGUCAAAAUUGGCUCCGUGACAUUAUUUCCUUUAUUAAACCCGAGUCACCCAACUGCCAAAACUGUGCUUACCGUUGGCUUCUCACUUUCAGCCUUAUUGGUCAGAUCGAUUCCACAGUGGUUGUUGACGAUGCAUUGAAUCUCUUAAUCACUUCGGUGGUUCCAUCAUUUGAUGGCGCAGUUCUUAAGUGGACCUCUUCUAUGAGCAAUGGUCUUACCAAAUGUUCUCUAAAGCCUAUUUCCUCCGAUUCCUGGGAAUCAGUCAGCUCACGAACGCGCAGAAACUUUAUAGUUGGUCCGUUCAAGGAGCUUAUUCAAGUUGCAAGUCCCCAGAACCUCUUUCCAGCCCUAAGCUCACUAGUCAACCUUUUGACUGCGCACUUUACUGAUUCACUGUCUAUUUUAUCAGAAUUCGCCAACGUAGUGUUGUCCUCCCCCUGUGCUUAUGAAGAAGCUCAAUCAAACAUGCUUCAGUCGAUCUGUUUGGAGCUUGCCAAAAUUUCCGUGCCCUCUGACGAUGUGUACGACUUUGUUGCAUCACUAAUCGAUUAUCUCGUUGUGAAUGACAAGUUAGGUAUUUUUGGCGCAUCAGAUAUUAUUAAGGAAUAUGUCAAAUUAACUCUAGACAUUAUAUGGUUUGCCAAACAGUACAACAGAGUACAAUCAACAGUUGGAGAGGAACUUGUCACAUAUUUGAAAACUCUAGAAACGUCUGAUGCUCGGCUUUUGACGAACCAGGUGUGGAAUAAUGUCCUAUCUAAACUGGGAUCUUGUGGCUGCCCUGAAAAUUAUUCCCUUUUAUUAGCAUUUCUCUACAAAUUGCCCAUCGAAAUCGAGGCGUGUUACUUGAACUGGCUGAAUUUUCUCUCACAAACGGUUGAAUCCCUCGUUGAUCAAGUGGAAACGAUCGGUCAACAUCUCCCAUUAUUUAUUCAACCGGAAGGAUUCCCCACGCACCUUUUGUCGCAAAUUUCUAGACUUAUUGUAGCAAUUCAAGUCGGAUUUAAGCUUAAUUUACACACAACGUCCACUGUGGGGUCGUCUGAGCACAAACAGCUGGCUAGUGUCCUGCUGACUAUCCAGUUUUGGCUUUCUAUGGGCACUCUAGAACCGUUUACAUUGGUAGAUCUUUCUCCAAGCGCCGUUUUCCUUCCUACGAACGUCGAGGAAGCACCGUCUGUGGGUAGUCUACUGAGCUUCAUUAAUGGUGUGUGCAGCGAAGUUGUUGACGCGGCUUACGGCCUAGAGUCACUUCCUCUAAAUAACUAUGCCCUACGAGCCUCUUUAGCCAAACGCCUGGUAGAUGUCCAUCCUCUUCAAUGGCCUAUUGCUAUACGACAGGCAGCAUCCUGUUAUCCCUCUUCUAAUUGGCUAGAAGAGCAACUUACUGGAAGCUGCUCAGAGGACUUCUUGCGUCUCUGUGAGGUCUAUCUUCCAGCUGGGGUUCUUCGUCGUUGUCUUCCAAGGAGCGAGGUAGUCGCCCACAUACUCUCUCUUGCGUCUAAGGAAUUCCUCGAUGAAAAUAGGGAGGGUCUGGCUCGUCUAGCUGAGUUGAUUGCCUCGUUAUCCUCGGUCGCUUUUGUUGGCGGUUCUUACGCUUUCUCUCUUGCACCACUUACUCUUGAUGGUCCCCUUCGAGACGCUCUCGUUGAUAUUGAGAACUACGAGGAACCGGAAUUGUUGCGGGCCGUUGUAGCAUCAACGAAGGCUCUCCAAGUACUUGUUCUGUUACGGCAGCCUGUUGGCCCUCCAGAUGAGUCCUCACGCCGUGGACUUGCUUUAAUGUCUCUUCGUUGUGGACAACUGAAACCGCGUCUAACUCGAGAUCAGUGGGACUCAUUGUUAUGCCUCACUGCAAGUUGGUUAACACAGGCUGGCGCCUCGACUGACCACUCUACUCCCUUUUCCCUUCAUGCCUUUCAGCUCGUCGCAGCUAUCGGUGCCCUAUUUGUAAGCUCACUUUGUUCUAGCAAGACCGUUACCGCCGCUCUUUUUCGACGGGAUAUGGCUAAAGCUUCCUCAGUCGAUCAGUUAAUGGAUAUGAACCGAGAGGAGUGGGAUGAGACUGACUUUGAUUUUGUGGAGGUUUAUGACAGUGAAGAUGAUGGAAGCGUACCUCCGAUUGACUUUGAGGCCCUAGACCAAGCCGCCGCUCUGGUUGAAGAUGACAUUCUGGACGCAGACAACGAAGAACUUACCUUUGAGGACCCUAUUGCCUGUCGAAGGUUACCGCCACCGGCUUCUAUUCAAAAAGACUGGCAUGAAUUCUUCGCCGGUAAUAUUUACGGCUGUCUGAUUCCACUGGCAGCCAAUACGUGCCUCUGUGGAGACAAGAAUUACGUAUCUAAAGAUACCCCAUCCUCCUUGGCUUCGUUGUGUGCCGCGGUGAGCACCUGCUCCGUGAAUAAUCUGAUAACUUGCCUUGAGCAACAGCCAGACAUUGUUGUUACUUACCUAUUAGAAAGUCCUACCCGAGGGUGCAAGCCACCUCAAGUAACGAAUAGCGUCUUUUUUUCCGAGUGUCUUCUUGCUCCGCACGUGCGGAACGUCAUUGAUUUGUGCGUACGUUUUCUUAAUAGCUCGCCUUACCAAGCUGGCCAGUUGCUGGGCCAUAUUUUACUUACGCGUCUGGUUUCCUCAAGGUCAUUGGAACCGGUUAGACGAAUGAGUGAUGUUCUAAUACCUCAUCUUCCAAUUAGUUGGGUUUCUGUACUUACCGAACCUCUCUCGGAAGACUUUGAAAACAUUCUAUUAGAUUCGGAUAUGGUGGUGUCACAGUGGGGCCGUGGUCUAUUUAGUGUUAGUCAGCUGUUAGGAGAAGAUGCUAUGCGCGGCCAUCAACGACUUCUCUCCUAUCUCCUCGCUUGGGAUGUGAUUGUAAGCUUACUGAGCUCAGCUUCUCAGCAAAGUAGAGCUAGUCUUCAGGCAGCUCUUCUCACAGACGCGAACUGGAUUCAUCAUCUCUGCAGACUACUUUUAAUACUAGGCCUGUUGAUGCCAACGCAGGGAGAAAUCAAGUCUCUGCUAAAUGUCGCCUCUCGACUCGAACCUGAUCCACGUCUUCUGCUCACAUCAUCUGCUCGCGCUAAAAUAUGUAGUGGAUUGAGCUCUUUACAGAGUGCCAAGUCUGUAUUCGCUCCCCCUGACCGCCUAGUUCAGCUACCCGGUCAUAGACUUCCCCAUGACCUUUCCUGUCUUGCUGUUAGACUACUACGGCGGCUCCUGGCGGAGUCGCCAGCUCUGAUGCGGUCGUUGUACGCCGAAUUGCAACGUGGAGUUGUGGGUGAGAGGAUCACACCGGGUCAAGCGCGACAGCUGGCAGGCCACUUGGAACGGUUGGUUCGACGUCAUUUCUCCGUUGAUCUAAUUUCCUCUGAAGUGGAAUCAGUUGAACGGAAAGCAAGUGAAUUUAAGCGGCGACUGGGUGCAGCACCCUACCUGGAUGCGGGAUUGCCCAGUGUCGGAAGCAUCGAUGUUAGAGGAAGGCCUCUAUCCAGAGAAAUUAUCACCACAUACCACUUUUCGUCAGACCAGUCUUUAGAAAUGGUCAUUACGUUGCCAGAAAAUUUUCCGCUCUCUCCUGUCAACGUCGAGGCUGGUCACAAAACUGGUGCUCCUACGUCAAAUUGGCGUGCUUGGAUCGUACACCUUUCCGUGUUUAUAAAUAAUCAGAACGGGUCUAUCCUCGACGGAAUCGGCCUAUGGCUGCGGAAUUUGAAGAAGAAAUUCGACGGAAUCGAGGACUGUGCCAUCUGUUACUCCGUGAUCCAUGAUCGCAACUUCUCCUUCCCUCGGAUGCAGUGCCGUGUUUGCAAGAAGCGAUUCCACAACGAAUGCAUGUACCGUUAUUUCCAAACUAGCAGAAACCCCACAUGCCCUCUCUGUCGAAGCGUCUUUUAUGCAACCAAUUGA